CAGGAGUGAUUGAUUAUUGGGUGUGCGGAGAAAAAGUUCGAGCCACGACCAUCAUCGACUGUCUAAGAUUGGAUGAUUAUAAAAGGAUUUACAGAAUUUCCCUUUCAUUUUCUGUGUGAAUUGUGAAAUAUUUAUUGGGUUCAUCGCAACUACUACAGAGAUGCUGAAAUAAAGAUGCUUUGAUGAGCUGAGUAGAAUCUUGCAAGUACAGCCAUGGGCGGGGAAGAGGAAACAGAGCGGAUUGUGAAGGCCAAUGAUAGAAUAUUUAAUUCCAGAUUUAAAUAUGCGAAUAAUUACAUCAAGACGUCCAAGUACAACAUUCUCACUUUCCUUCCCAUCAACCUCUUGGAGCAGUUUUUGAGGAUAGCCAACUUCUACUUCCUCAUCCUUUUCAUCCUUCAGUUGAUUGGCCCUAUCUCAUCUCUCAGCCCUGUCACCACUGCGCUACCUCUGGUUUGUGUGCUGGGAUUGACAGCCAUCAAAGAUGCAGUAGACGACUUUAGGAGACAUAAAAGUGAUAACCAAGUCAAUAACAGAGAAUCCUUCAUCCUUGUCACUGGAGAGCUGACUUCAGUAAAAUGGCAGCAUGUGCAAGUGGGCGACAUCAUUCGAAUGAAAAACAAUGACUUCAUUGCGGCUGACAUCUUGCUCUUAUCAUCCAGCGAGCCUCACAGUCUGGUCUACGUUGAGACAGCAGAGUUGGAUGGGGAAACAAAUUUGAAAGUAAGGCAAGCACUUCCUGAAACUUCAAAAUUAGGAGAGGAUCUUGAGAGAUUAAGCGAUUUCAGUGGUAAAAUUAAUUGCGAAGCACCAAACAAUGUCCUGGAUAAAUUUGACGGAGCCAUGUCGUGGGCCGGGGACAAGUUUUCCCUUAAUAACGAUCAGAUCAUGCUUCGAGGGUGCAGGUUACGUAACACAGGCUGGUGUUAUGGGAUCGUUAUCUUCGCUGGUAAAGACACUAAGCUCAUGCAGAACAGCGGAAAGGCAAAAUUCAAGAGAACCACUCUAGAUAGACUACUCAACAAGAUGGUCAUUUUUAUCUUUGGCUUCCUGUUUACCAUGUGCGUGAUUUGCGCCAUCUUGUGCUCGGUGUGGGAGCUUCGGACCGGCAACCAGUUCCAGGUGUACCUUCCGUGGGAGUACAGCAAUGCUGCCACCAUCUCCACCCUCACCUUCUUCUCCUACGUGAUCCUCCUCAACACCGUCGUGCCCAUUUCACUAUACGUAACAGUGGAGAUGAUAAGACUUUGCCAGAGUCUUCUCAUUAACUGGGAUGUCAAGAUGUACUACGAACCCGCAGAGACCGGAGCCAAGGCUAGGUCUACCACCCUCAACGAGGAACUGGGCCAGAUACAGUACGUCUUCUCUGACAAGACGGGGACCCUUACACAGAACUUGAUGACUUUCAACAAAGCUUCCAUUGGAGGAAGGAAGUUUGGAGAGAUAAAGGACAUGAAUGGGGACGUCAUGGAUAUUACCGAGGACACGCCUCUUGUAGAUUUCUCAGCCAAUACCAUGUGUGAGCCGGGAUUCAAGUUCUAUGAUGCCAGCCUACUGGAUUCCAUUCAGAGGGGUGACAAACAUUGCUGGUUGUUCUUCCGUCUCCUAUCCCUCUGUCAUACCGUCAUGCCAGAAACUGACGAUCAUGGUAAUCUGGCAUACCAAGCACAGUCGCCAGACGAGGCAGCAUUAGUUGGGGCAGCUAGAAACUUUGGAUUUGUUUUCAAGUCUCGAACGCCGACCACCAUCACCCUUAUGGUGCAGGGCCAGGAGGACGUGUAUGAGCUCCUCCACAUCCUGGACUUCAACAACGUGAGGAAGCGCAUGUCCGUCAUCGUCAAGCAGGGCCAGAAGAUCAAGCUCUUCUGCAAGGGAGCCGACACCGUCAUCUACGAGCGCCUGGGGUCGUCCAGCGACGCCUUGAGAGAAAUCACCAAUGAACAUCUGAAUGACUUUGCUAACGAUGGCCUUCGUACGCUGUGCCUUGCUAUGAAGGAGGUGGAUGAGCACACCUAUUACGAAUGGAGAAAGAAGCAUCAACAAGCAUCCUUGGCAACGGUGGAUCGUGAUGACAAGCUGGAAGAGGUCUACAACGAGAUCGAACAAGACUUGGUCCUCCUAGGAGCUACUGCCAUCGAGGACAAACUUCAAGACGGUGUUCCAGAAACCAUCCAAAACUUGCACAAGGCCAACAUCAAACUCUGGGUCUUGACCGGCGACAAGCAAGAAACGGCCAUCAACAUCGGAUACUCCUGCAAUCUUCUGACCGAAGACCUCAACGAGAUCUUCAUCAUCUCAGCCAAGGAGAAGGCCGAGGCUCGCGAGGAACUGGAGGGGGCGCUGUGCAAGAUCAAGGACGUGAUGGGUAUCAAGGAUAAAGAUCAGAUGGACGACGACGUCUCGUACCAGAGCAAGGACAUCGAUGAGCUCGGAGAUAUCUACAGCUUUGCCAUCGUUGUAACAGGGGCUGCAUUGGCCCAUCUUCUAGACCCGGAGGUAGAACUGGACUUCCUAGAAGCGGCCUGCUACUGUAAGACGGUCAUCUGUUGCCGAGUGACCCCUCUCCAGAAGGCUCAAGUAGUGGACCUGGUCAAGACUCACAGGAAUGCCGUCACUCUGGCCAUCGGUGAUGGAGCUAAUGACGUCAGCAUGAUCAAGACUGCCCACAUCGGUGUCGGUAUCAGCGGUCAAGAGGGCAUGCAGGCCGUGCUAUCCAGCGAUUUCUCCUUUGCUCAGUUCCGCUACCUUGAACGUCUGCUCCUGGUCCAUGGCAGGUGGUCCUACUACCGAAUGUGCAAGUUCCUGUCCUACUUCUUCUACAAAAACUUUGCCUUCACCGUCUGCCAUUUCUGGUUUGCUUUCUUCUGUGGUUAUUCGGCCAUGACCGGUUAUGAUCAGUGGUUUAUUACAGCUUACAACACAAUCUUCACAUCCACCCCUGUGAUAUCACUUGGAAUAUUCGACCAGGAUGUGAGUGAUGAGAUGAGUAUCCGAUUUCCAGCGCUCUAUAAACCGGGUCAGAAGAGUAAAUUCUUCAACUGGACUGUAUUUCUCAAAAGUCUCAUCCAAGGAGUUCUUACUUCUCUCACACUGUUCUUCAUUCCUUAUGGUGCCUUGUCUGAGAAUCUGUCCCCUUACGGCCAGCCUAUACACACGCAGUUCCUCUUCGGCUGCAUUGUGGCUUCUGUACUGGUUCAUGUUGUCAACUUAAAGAUUGCCCUAGAUACCUCCUAUUGGACUGUCUUCAGUCACAUCUGUAUCUGGGGAAGUAUCGCACUCUAUUGGCUCUACGCUCUCUUCCUGUAUUCUGAACCCAUAUAUGAACUACUGAGGGCGACGUUCACCUUUGUGGGCGUCACCUUCUUCAUGUGCCGUCAGCCGACGUUCUGGUUCACCAUGGCUCUUGUGCCCGUCAUCCUCCUCUUCCCCACCCUCGGGAAACGGUCACUGAGCAUGGACAUCGUCCCGACGUUGACCGACCGCGUGCGUCUGCUGCAGAGGAAGGAGACGCAAGAGGCUAAGAAGGCAAAGGGCAAGGGCAACGUGGAGCUGAAGAACAUCCGGAAGUAUCCCACCGGCUCCAGGGUCGGCAGUGGGCGUCCCGGGUCGCGCCUGGGGAGCGGGAAGUCGCGCCCCGGCUCGGUGCGCUCCGGUUACGCGUUCGCCCACCAGGAAGGCUUCGGGGAGAUGAUCACGUCGGGUCGUAGCAUGCGCAUCAAGGAUCCGCCGGAGAAGAAUGGCAAGGCAGGUGGUAUCAAGAAGUCAAAGAGCAAAGAGGAUAUUGUGGAGGAGAAGAAGGAGAAUGGUGGUGGUGAGAAUGGUUUUGUUACCACGGUAACAACAGAUGAAGCGAUUAAUGAGAUUUUAGCAUAGAACCCAGAAUGUAUAUCAUACAUGUUGUCUGGAGCCAUAAGGGCAUUAACCCUUAUACUUGAAUACAGAGCAACAUGUAACGUCCUUCUGGCUCUGUAUAGACAAUGUAAUUGUGGAGUCAUGGUGUAUAUUGAAUUACUAAUUCAGCCUUAUACAGUAAGUACACUUAUGGCAAAUGGCAAACUUUGGGAAAAUUGUGUACUGUAAACAAUUAUAUAUACAUGUAUAUACAUGUAUAUUUAUUAGUGAUAGCCUGAAACAAACAAAAAUGUUAUCACAUACAUUUACAUAGAAUUAAUAUCCAUCUGGCUCUGAGCAGAGGUAUUAUUUCUUUUUUCUUCAGUGAAGAAUUUACCUCUGUUUAAAAAUUGACUUGACUGUACAUUCACAAUACAAAAAUGGAAUUCAGGAAUAGCAGUGCAUUAUGUAAACCAAAUGAGAAUCAUGUGCCAACUUUGUAUCACAUGAACAUCAUGCUUGAGCUGAAACACUAUAAAAUGCACUUACCGGUAAUACCAAAAACAAAUUUAGAAUUUCUUUUGAAUCUACAAUACAGAACUCUAAAUCAUAUAUUGCAUCAUUAAAAUUAGUUCAUACAGUAACUGAUUAAUAGUUAUUUUUACACAAUCAGUUCUGCAAGCUUCAUUUCACAACUACAUUGAAAUGUACAUCACACACUGCAGGAAUACGACAGAGAGUGUACAACACGUAUGUAAUGAAAGAAUCGUCAUUCCAACUACCGGGUAAACAAUUCUCACUUUGAAGCACUUUGAUGAGUAAUUGGGAAAGUGCUUUUCAGUUAUAUUUGAAUAUAUUAAUAUACAAAUUGUUAUUUCACUAUUUUUCAAACUCUUGUUAUUACGUUUAUUAAUUUUGUUUCUAUUAUUGUCAGCACAGGAUUAUUUCUUUUAAUACAAUGAAACCAAAGAUUUAUUCCCGUGAAAGACAUAGUACUUCACAUAAAACUAUAAUACCAAACAUUGACUACCGGUAACCCCUACUGGUCUUUAAAAACCUUAGGGCUUUUAAAGUUUUUAGUAUAGAGCUUUGAAACUAGAAAUGAAGGAGAAACCAAAUACUGCAUUGGGUAUACAGUUUAAGCUUCCACAAAUCUUUGAUACCAAACAUUGAUUGCUUAUAAAUUUUUUGGCAAAUCUGUUGCUUCUCAUAAUCGUGGGUAAAUCUUAAAACUAAAGUUUAUAUGAGAGAACAUUUACCAGGAUACACUAACAUUGCAGUAUUGAAGAUAUAUUUUUAAUGACAAUAUUUUAUGAAUUGAUAUGUCUUUGUAACAUGUAACCAAAUAUCAAGGUUUUUCUGGAAUAUGCUAAUAUUACAAUAUUGAAAUUAUUUAAUAGCAGUACAUGUAUUUACACAAAUUUGAAAUUCAUUUUUUUCUUCUAAAAAAACAAUUGCUGAUGUAUGCCAGGAAUCGAUGAAAACUAAGCUUUAAUCUAAUCUGCAUGCCGUGGUAAUGCAUUCAGAAAGUUGGCUAAAAAUAUAUAAACAUUUUGGCGAGACAUUCAUGUUGGUGUGCAGUCAUGACAUACUGAGUCUGCAUCAUAUUUCAUAACUGUGUUAUCCAAAAUUGGCCUUUGUCAUUCAAAAUAUUAAGAUUUAUACAGUACUGACAAGUUACUUACAAAUAUGCUCAGCUUUUAGAUUUAUCAGCACUAUAAAUUAUAAAUGGCAGAUGUGAAGAAAAUAAAAUUGUAUUGCACACCCACAUACAAUUAGUUAUGUAAGAAAAUACAAGUAUGAAUUGAAUUUCUCUGCCUUUGGCCCAUGUAAGCCACUCGGCCCUUUUCUACCCUAUGAAAGAUGUCAAGCGUUAAGAUUGCAUGUAAACUUCUAGGAUGAUUUGAUACAAUUUUUUUCCUCAGGACUGUGUAGUUAAAACGAACAGACCAGUCACAUGUACAGUGCAUGUAUUCUCUUAAGCAUCUUUCAGAGCAGAUCUUUCUUGAUAUUCAGAUUUGAUACUUAAAAGAUUUCCACAAAGUGUCAAUAAAAUAUGUUUGCUUGUUUCAAACAACUUUCAGGUGAGGGUUAGUUGUACGAUUUGGGAUAAUAUCUAUAUUUCAACUGCUAAUCUUGAUUCAAAAAGUUACCGAACAAAAUAUUGUUUGUGUUACUGUAUGUGUGGGAAAAUUUUGAUUGGGCGCACAUAGAAAGCUCAGCUGCAAUAUUGAACAGAAUAUGUUAGUUCAUCAGGGAUCUAAUAUCGGUUUUGUGCGCAUACAUGUAUUUUGCGGUGUGUAUAGAUCUGUGAAUUAUGUCUUUCAUUAAUUCAAUACUCAGAUUAUCAAUUACUUUGCUGGAUAUAAAUUCUAUAUAACAUUGGAUUUAUAAAUCAUGGCAUUAUCAUAGGAGAGGCUGAGUAUUCCAUGGUUCCGUACUUAUUUUUCAUUUCCUGAAAAUGAAACUCAAUAACCAGUUGAAUAAUUGAACAAUUGUUUUUAAAACCGUGAACAUUUGGUUAAGUAGUAUCAUCUUUGUAUCCUGAAAUAGGACUACAUGUACGUCUUUGAGUUACAUGUACAUUGUACAACAAAUACAUGUACGACUCUUAAGGGUGGGCAAAUCCACCUCUUCGUAUGUUGACAAAUUGGUAAAUAUAGCAGCUUUAGAUGUGCCCUUGGCAUCUUAUACUUAUAUUCCUAAAGGUUUUUUGAAAAUUUAGGCCCGUCAUUUAAACCCUGUAUUCAUGUACAUGUAUGACAAAUUUGCAUUUUGUGAGGGGCGAUACAAUACAUGUAUAUGUGUACUGCGCAAUAAGCUGCAAAGUAAUCAAAUGUUUAAAUUGUACAAAAUAUCAACACUCUCAGAGUAGGCUGUAAAUUUGUGAAAGCUCAGGAUAGAAUGUUGAUAGCAAAAACAUGUUGAAACAAAAGUCUACAGAGUAAGUUCCCAAUGAAAAUGAGCUGAUUUCUUCUAAAUAGUUAAUGAAAACGAUGUUAAGAAAUGUUCUUUCUUAAUCAUAAGUUGAAUUUAAGAACUGACAAAUUUCUUACUUGAUCUUCUCGUGAAUAAUGAAACAUGGUUGUAUUCUUAUGCUAGAUCUUUUUCUCUUUUUAAAAUUUACAUUAUGUCCAUGAGGCCUGCAUUGAGAUAAGUAGUUAUUGUUGCUCCAUAAAUACACAGGUGGACUUAUUCUUGAAAAGAUAUCUGCUUCUCAUUUCCACUCAUUCCAUAUCCCUUCAAUAGGUGAUAUACUAAUUAUCAUAUUUGCUUUAUAGCGCCUAACACUUACUUUAUCAGAAGCCUCUAUUAAAGCGCUCUACAAUAAUGCAGCAUAAUUACCCUGGCUUUAGCAGUGCAGCUGUCACGACACGACCAUGACACCUCAUUGAAUUAUUGUGACAAGGGAGUUAAAUUGUUACAAAAUCAAACAAAAGUUACUCUACUUAUUAAUGACUUCAAAUAAGUUAUAUGUUAUGCCAAACAACUGUGGCAGAACGUGUACAAUAGCAGAGUCACUGGCAAAGGAAGAUUAGAAAAUCCAACUGUAUACUUAAGUACACAUAGUUAUCCAUAUCUACAUGUAUGUGGUUAAAACAUGCUCUCGAGUCAUUUUUUGCUUUAAUAUGACAUUCAGGAAUUAUUCUUGGUAUGUAUGAUAAACAAUUCAGAAUUUGUUUCAACCAGUUUCUCCUGCAAGGUAAUGCCAUUCAGCAGACCUCAAUAUAAGCUUUAAUGAUAUACAUGUACACAAAUAACCUCAUGAUCCGUAAAUGUACACUGUACUUGUACGACUCGGUUUUGAUGUCUUAUUUUAUACGAAGCACUCGCAACAUACAUAUUUUAGCAUAAUUAUUUCAACAUACAGGCUUUUAACAUAGAUACUUUUCCUCCUCCCUUAUUAUGCCUUGGCCACCAAAGUUGCUGCCAGAGGCAUUAUUUCCUAGUACUUGCUCGUAAAUGUAUUUUUGUAAUGAAAUGUCAAUCCUUUUUGCACAUUCUAUUUUUCACUUUUGUACAUGCAGGAUUGAUUCUUAAGUCAAAUGUUAGAUGCAUCCAUAUACAAUGCUCCCGAUUUCUUUUAUAAUUAGCUUUCAUGUAUAUAAAAAGGGAGCUAAUGCUAUACACUGAGAGGAAAAGUAUGUUUUAUUUGUUGAACAUGUAAGUGAACUUUUAUUUUGUUUCGUAUGCAGUCUAUCUAGGCCUCUAUAUCUCAUCCAAUUUUAUUUUUCCUCAUGAUUUUUAUAAAGGAGUUCUGUUCUUUUAUAUAUUUGUAUGAUUUUCCUUGUGCCUUUCGUAGGCUCCAUUCCUGCACAAGUUGAUCAAAGAUUUUUUCACAGAAAAUGUUCAACCUUGUUCGAUUUCUCGCUGAAUACGAUGAUAGAAAAUGAUGCCUUGAUCAAAUAAUUCUUUAUACAAUUAGAUCGUCAGCAGAUUUUUAGGCUGAAUUUUAUAUAUAUUCAAAUCAUAGUUGUGUAGAUGUGUAUGUGAUAUAACUAUAUGUUAAUGUGGUAUUUAGGUGCACUUUGGUGAGAAGUAGUACCUUUGUGUUAAAUAAAUUAUGAAAUAGAGGCUUUAUGACUGACACUUAUAUUGGUAAGCUAAAAUAGAGGCUGUUAAGAAGUGAUUUCUGCUGAAUAUGUUUUUUUUUCACAGAGGAAGAUGUGUUAUUUUGUACCAUAUUGCUCUUAAAUGAGUCAUUUUUGUGUCACAGUGCAGGCAAACUUUAAAUCAUUAAGACGUGUAUUUCAAACCGGUAUUGUUUACUGAAAACACUUUUUACACAUUCAAUAGUUGUAGGAAAUCUGCCAUUAUCGUACAAAAUCUUAAAACAUUAAUUGAUAUUCACUGUAGAUACCGUUCAAGCAUGACAGCGUAUUAAAUGUUGUAUGUUUCUCUUUGUGCAGCCUUUGUAGAAUUAUAGCAUUCAUUCACUGCAGAUCAGCAUUAAGUGUACACUGUAUGUGCGUGAAAGGCUAGCAUCAAUUGUCUUUCACUGGUACAUUUAAAAUGCUGACAAAGUCACGACUGUGACUUGUAGAAAAAAAUUGUAUAUUUAUUAUUAAAAAAACAUGCAUUGUCCUAGUACUAAUUUGGUGUAUAACAUGAACAUUCUCAUAUUUUUACUAGUUUGUACAUAUUCACUACAUGUUUAUAUGUCGGGAAUGAUUUAGAAGUGUAUGUUUAAUGUACUGUAAGUAUGUUCUAGUGAUUGUUGAAAUACUUCACAAGGUAGAAUGUAAAUUUUAUGGAGGUGAAAUCACAUUCAUGUACAUGUGUAGAUCACUAAUACCCAUGUCCAAAUUGGCAAUGUUAAAUCUUGUAAAAAGCUGAUAUGUGGUUACUUUUCUUUGGGCAUGUUACACAAUUACAUUUCAUAUUUUGUUUUCUAUUAUUUACAUUGUGGAAGAUGUUUUACAAAUCAAAUAGACCGGUUUACUUAUUUUAUACAUACAUUUUAAACAAAGGUUUUUCUUGACAAUUUGAAAGCUUGACAGAGGCCUGCCCAAGGCUUGGCCGACACAGCUACAAGCAAUGUAUCCAGACUGGACUCCAAGUAUUUUAGUUCAUACGAUAAUGAAAAGUUAAAUUAAUGGAAUAUCCAUAAACUUGAAUAUAGUAUACCGGUCUAUUGCCAUCUAAUCGUUAUUGUAACAUGAAAUUGAACAAAGAUAAUCUAAUGUUGGAAAUGCAUGUUCUUGUCUCUGUUAACUUUCCACAUUCAUACAGUGUAUAUCCUUUCUUGUUAUAUCUCAUAUCAAGUCCACGUGUUGGUAUAAGAUGAUGCAAAAAAAUGAUGAAAAAGAGAAGUUUAAUGCU